AGGGAGAAAGAGAAAGAGAAGUAGAAAGCGAGGAAGGCUGCAUGCACAAUGGAUGGACUCUAUUAAUGAGUUUGCAGGAGUGAGCAGAGUAGAUAGAGGGUCUUGGAGAUGUCUCAUCCAUAGGGUCUCCAUGAAUCGAAAUAAGAUAGCAAAGAGUGCUGUUAGGCACUACUUUUAAGUGCUGUAGCCCCGUCCUAUGGAAUCCUGGGAUUUUCAGUUUAUGAGGUCUUAAGAACCGCUUAGGUACUGCCUAGUGCAGCAUAGAAAGGCGAAUGCUAUGCUAGGGCUCUGUCCAAGGCUGCAGCUGCCUCACCAAAAUCACAAACCCCAGGAUUUUGUAGGAUGGCGCUAGGGCAGUUAAAGCGGUGUCGAACAGCAUUAUUUCUAACAGUGUAGAUGCACUCCUUUUAGUUGGGAUCUCCUGGAGUUUACUUAGAAGUAAGUUCAAAUGAAAUCCAGAGGUGCCUCUCAUCCUUUUGGCUAAUAGCCUAUAUGGGGUUCCACAGGGGUCAGUCUUAUAGUCCCCUGUGCUUCAUCUCCAUGAAGCCACUGGGCGAGAGCUGGGGGCUGGGGGUCAUGAGCGGAAAUCACCUGCAGACUGCCACCUCCAUUGAGUCCUCACUUGGGCAAUAAAGCGAUUUGGGACCGCUUUGACUGCCAUGAUUUCACGCAUGGAAUUCUGGUCAUGGCAGCUCAUUGUACCAAAGCAGAAACUGAGAAAAAUAAAACUCCUGGGUGAACCAAGUUAAUACAAAGACAUGAAGGAGCAAAUGUUUUAUUCACACCGAAGUGUCGUCUUGUUGGAAACGCCUGCUAAAUAAAAGUUUUGUCACGAGUUUAGCGGCAAUGUGAGCGUGUAUCCGCACUAGUAAGAAUUCCAGAGCCUUGAGCCAGAAAAGAGCUAAAGCGGUGCCAAACCGGGUUAUGCCUCCAGUGUGGACAGAGCCGUACCAUUAGCAGAAGUCCACCGCAUGGAGCCAUGGCAGUCCAAGCGGUCCCGACCCGCUUUAAUGCUCCAGUGGGGACACAGCCCUACAAGUGAUGCUGCCCUGCCUCUCUCUCCUCCUCCUCCGUCCUUGCUCUCCUCCUUUCCCCCGCAGGCAGGCCGGCCGCCCUUCCUCCCCUUCCAAGGGCCAGCAGCAUGGACUCGGAUGCCAGCCUGGUGUCGAGCCGCCCUUCCUCCCCGGAGCCCGACGACCUCUUCCUUUCGUCCCGGAGCAAGAGCGGCGGAGGCAGCAGCGGCGGGGCCAUCGGGGCUUUCUCUUCUUCCUCCUCCUCUUCCUCUUCUUCUGGGGGCGGCGGGGUCUCGAGUUCGACUCCGGGGGAGUCUGCAGAGUCGGAGCUCCGGAGCGCCGUCGGGGUGGUGAUGGUGGAGAAGCUGGCCUUCAAGUCUCCCUCCUCAUCUUCAUCUUCAUCUUCCUCCUCCUCCUCCUCUUCCUCCAAGAAGGACAAGAAGCAGAUGACGGAGCCGGAGCUGCAGCAGCUGCGCCUGAAGAUCAACAGCCGCGAGCGGAAGCGCAUGCACGACCUGAACAUCGCCAUGGACGGCCUGCGGGAGGUGAUGCCUUACGCCCACGGGCCCUCGGUGCGCAAGCUCUCCAAGAUCGCCACCCUCCUCCUGGCCCGCAACUACAUCCUCAUGCUCACCAACUCCCUCGAGGAGAUGAAGCGCCUCCUCAGCGAGAUCUACGGAGGACACCAUGCCGCCGCUGCCGCCGCUGCAGCAGCCGCCGGCUUCCACCCGACGGCUGCCGCUUGCCCCGGAGCCAUGCUGGGCCACCCGGGCCCCUUGCCCAGCCACCCGGGCCCCCACCACCACCCGAUCCUGCCCCCGGCCGUCUCCAGCGCCUCCCUGCCGGGCUCCGCGGGGGCUCUCUCGGCCGUCGGGGCCCUCCGCGGCAGCGGCAGCCACGGCCUCCUCAAGUCGCCCUCCGCCUCCUCCUCCUCCUCGGCCGCCUCCGCCUCCAUCCCUCUGGGCGGCGGGUUCCAGCACUGGGGGGGCAUGCCUUGCCCCUGCAGCAUGUGCCAGCUGCCUGCCCCCUCCCACCACCACCACCACGUCGCCUCCGCCGCCGCGGCCUUGCCCAGACUCACCAGCGACGCCAAAUGAGGGGCUGGAGGGGGGCAAAAAGGGGAGCCCCCUUGUAGUGGGGCAACAGACCUGUUAAAGGGGCGGCCCUCCACGCAAAGGAGCUACAAACCGGGAUCAGCCGCCUCUUAGAGACCCCUCGACGGCUCGCUCCCGUUAUUCCAGGCUCCUUCUUGCUCUUCCGGGACUGACUUUUCUGGUGAAAGAAAGAGCCCUCAUGCAACUUCUUCACUAAAGACCUUGCAAAACUACAACUCACCUCCCCCC